GCGCUUGAUGCAUGAAACGGAAUGCAUCUGCAUUGCUCACAGCUGUGCAUGUAAACACAAUCUGUAUAUUAUUUAAUUUUUUUUUGUAUAAUGCAAAACAUAAUAAUAUUAAUUAAACAAUAAUUUGAUAUAUAUUUUUGUAAAUAUAUAAUCACAAAUAUAGACUUACGUAUAAAAAUUAAUAUUCACAAUAUAAUCUUUUUUAUUAAUACUGUUAUUACUUAACCAAAAAUAAAAAAAGAAUAAGUUUAACACAAUUAAUUUAUAUAAAUGUGUUGAAUGGUUUAUCAUUGUUUGUGAAUGUUUAAUAAUUUGAAAUCAAGUUGAAAUGAAUCCUUUGACUAACGUAAAAAAUAUAACAAAACUUGCUCAGCAAGAUUUAAUUGGUAAUAAAAAAACAUCUUGGCACGAUCAAUACAAAGAUAGCGCAUGGAUAUUUGUUGGUGGAUUACCAUACGACUUAACAGAGGGUGAUGUUAUUGCAGUUUUCUCGCAGUAUGGUGAGAUAGUAAAUAUUAAUUUAGUACGUGAUAAGGACACCGGCAAACAAAAAGGAUAUGGUUUUAUAUGUUAUGAAGACCAAAGGAGUACUGUGCUCGCUGUUGAUAAUUUCAAUGGCAUUAAAAUUUUGGGUAGAACAAUACGCGUUGACCACGUGGCCAAUUAUAAAGCUCCCAAAGAAACGAAACAUAUUGAUGAUGAAACUAAAAAAUUAAGAGAUGAAGGUUGUGCACCGAAAAAAUAUUAAUAAGUUAAGUUUGUCACGCGGAUGUAAAUAAAAAAUAAACAUUUAUAUUAAUGUAGAUGUA